AUGGAAACUCACAAAACCAAGAUCUGCAUCAUCGGAAUCGGUUCAGCUACACACACAGCAGCGAUUUACGCAAGCAGGACUGAGCUUAAGCCUCUUCUUUUCGAAGGAUGGAUGGCUAACGCCAUCGCUCCCGGCGGUCAGUUAACAACCGUCACCAACGUCGAGAACUUCCCUGGCUUCCCGGAAGGGUAUCCUCGGCAUCGACAUCGUCGAGAAUUUCCAGAAGUAGUCGGAGCGAUUCGGUACCAAGAUCUUCACGGAGAAGGAACAAACCUCUGGUGGAACUUCCUCAGCAAGUAUGGAUCUAAGGUUUACAUAAUCCACAUGAGAGAUACAUUUAGGGUGUCUAAGAUCAUGCAGCAGAGAGCGUUUUUGAACCCUAUUGUUGAAAUGAUUUGGAACUCCUUGGUGGUGGAGGCAUAUGGAGACGAGAAUGUGAAAUGCGUUCUUGGAGCAAUGAAGUUUUUAGAUGGGAAGCUUGAGCUUGAUGAAGAUGGUUAUGUAGUGAUCAAGCCUGGUAGUAUUAAGACAACCGUUGUUGGUGUCUUCGCUGCUGGAGAUUGGAGGAGAAGAAGUAUAGGCAGGCCAACACUGCAGGAACUGGUAUCAAGGUCCAUGUUUAUUGGAUGCAGUGGACUCUCUAACAAGCUUCCUGAUAGAGACGUCUCGAAGCCUCUGCCCAUACCUAUACGUGACUUUGUAAGAUCAACUUCACAAGAUAAGGUAUCUGCAUCUGAUAAACCUGAAACUGAAGCUGUUUUGUCAGGAUCCAACGUACAGAACUUAGUCCGUGUAUACGUUAUAUUUGGGUGUUAUGGAACGUUUCUAAGUUCUUUUUGGCCAUUAGCAGUAAAAAAAAAUUUCCUUAUAGAUUUGCCUUUAGUAUGUUUUUUAAGGAAAUAGACUGCUUCAGCUGAUGGCUUACAUUACUGAAACUUUUUGAUAGAUAAUGAUUAUGCUAUAGGAGAUCAAGGAACCAUGCGGUCCCUAGAGCUUGGCUUUCAGGGUUGAGCCAUUGUGAGAGCUAGAGAUAACAUAGCAAUAGCGUUGCAAGGGACUGAUGCAAAUCAAGUAAUUACAAGAGGUGUAUUGUGCCAUCCUUAUUAGCCGGUUUCAAUAGCAAUUUUGAACUGAAAAAAAAAAAUCAGAUUGAAGAAGAAAAAGCAUUAGCAAAAGAUAAUAACUCACUUGAAGCAAACAAGAAGAAUGAGCUAAGUGUCGCUCUGAUCUGAGGAAAGUAUGGGUUUCCUAGAUACCAAGAAUAAUCACAAACCACUAAGAUCACCAUACCUUUUAUUUCAAGCAGCACUACUCAAAGAAUCUGAGGACAAAAUGUUGUGUAUAUUUACAUUUUUUCACUCCAAAUAACAUUCAUUAAGUGUAUAAAAGCUUGAAGAUUGUAAUUCUUUAAGAAAUGUGACAAAAAUAAGAGAAUGUCUAUUAUUUUGAGGGGAUUUGCAUAUGAUUAAAACACCUAUUUUUUAGUGGUGGAAGUCAAAUAACAUUAGGAAAAGAAAGCACAUGAGGAUCAUUUCCAUGCCAUGUUAUCGAAAUGAUCUCUCUUUCUCCCCAGUUCAUGAUCAAGUACAAUUGCAAAAAGAUAUGUGCUACUUAAAGAGUUUGGAAAUC